AUGAAUGAAAAACAAGAAAACCAAAACCCUCCAACAUCACAAGACUCACAAAGAAAACAACAAAUCACCAUCCUCAACACAACAAAUGAGAGACUAAAAAGAGAUGAAUGGAGUGAGGGGGCAGUUACAACACUUCUUGAAUCCUAUGAAUCAAAAUGGAUACUCAGAAACCGAGCAAAACUCAAGGGACAAGACUGGGAAGACGUCGCGAAACACGUUUCGUCGCGAUCGAAUUCGACUAAGUCGCCCAAGACACAAACUCAGUGUAAGAAUAAGAUUGAAUCAAUGAAGAAAAGAUACAGAUCGGAGUCGGCUAGCUCCGAUGUUUCGGCUUGGCCUUUGUAUUCUAGGCUUGAUCUUCUUCUUCGUGGGACUGGACAAUUAGCUACGAAUGUUGCUACGAAAUUGCUACAAGUAAGUAGUAAUAAUACUAAUAGUAAUAUUAAUCAUGGUUUGGUUUUGUUGGAACCUUCACAACAAGGGAUUGAUGAAGCUAAUCAGCUACCAGCUCCUAUUAGUGUUGCUAAUCCACCACUAAUUGCAACUGCUCAAAACUCACAUGGAUCAAAUGGGUUUGAUAAAUUCGCUAAGGAAGCAGAUGAGUUAGAAACUAAGUCAUCUGAUCAUGCAGCUAACAAGAAUCCAUUAGAAACCGAUAGCAGCACGCCGGCGCUGUACAGCGAAAAAGACGAAGAAAGAUGCAAAAAGCGGAGAAUGAGAUCGGAGAAGAACAAGAAUAGCAAGAGACAGAAGAAAGAAGCAAUAGGAAUAGCAGAAAGCAUAAGGUGGCUAGCAGAAGUUGUUGUAAGGUCAGAGCAAACAAGAAUGGAGACAUUGAAAGAGAUAGAGAAGAUGAGAGUUGAAGCUGAGGCAAAGAGAGGGGAAAUGGAAAUCAAAAGAACUGAAAUUAUUGCUAAUACACAACUUGAGAUUGCUAGGAUCUUUGCAAAUGUUAAUAAUAAAGAUAAAGAUGUUGAUUCAUCAUUGAGAAUUGGAAGAAGUUAA